CAGAGAUGUCAAUAACCCCAUGCCCAACCGAGGAGGCAACGGAUUAGCUCCCGGGGAUGACAGAUUCAAACCUGUGGUACCAUGGCCUCACGUGGAAGGAGUAGAAGUGGAUUUAGAAUCCAUUCGAAGAAAAAACAAGGCUAAAAAUGCACAAGAACACCAUGCUGGCGGAGAUUCCCAAAAGGACAUAAUGCAGAGGCAGUAUCUCACGUUUAAGCCUCAGACCUUCACCUACCAUGACCCUGUGCUGCGCCCAGGGAUCCUCGGUAACUUUGAACCCAAAGAGCCAGAGCCUCAUGGAGCGGUUGGUGGCCCUGGAGAGAAUGCCAAGCCGUUGGUUUUGGGACCAGAAUUCAAGCCUGCUGUUCAAGCCAGCAUUAAAGAGUUUGGAUUUAACAUGGUGGCAAGUGACAUGAUCUCGCUGGACCGCAGCAUCAAUGAAUUACGUCAAGAAGAAUGCAAAUACUGGCAUUAUGAUGAAAACCUGCUGACGUCCAGCGUUGUCAUUGUCUUCCACAAUGAAGGAUGGUCCACCCUCAUGCGAACAGUUCACAGUGUAAUUAAAAGGACUCCAAGGAGAUAUUUAGCUGAAAUUGUAUUAAUUGAUGAUUUCAGUAAUAAAGAGCACUUAAAAGAAAAGCUAGAUGAUUACAUUAAGCCGUGGAAUGGCCUGGUGAAGGUAUUUCGGAAUGAGAGAAGAGAAGGUUUAAUUCAAGCACGAAGUAUUGGUGCUCAGAAGGCUAAACUUGGACAGGUUUUGAUAUACCUUGAUGCCCACUGUGAGGUGGCAGUUAACUGGUAUGCACCACUUGUAGCUCCCAUAUCUAAGGACAGAACCAUUUGCACUGUGCCGCUUAUAGAUGUCAUAAAUGGCAACACAUACGAAAUUGUACCCCAAGGGGGUGGUGAUGAAGAUGGGUAUGCCCGAGGAGCAUGGGACUGGAGUAUGCUCUGGAAACGGGUGCCUCUGAACGAGCAAGAGAAGAGAAUGAGAAAGACAAAAACUGAACCAUAUCGGUCCCCAGCUAUGGCUGGUGGAUUAUUUGCCAUCGAACGUGAGUUCUUCUUUGAAUUAGGUCUCUAUGAUCCAGGUCUGCAGAUAUGGGGUGGCGAAAACUUUGAGAUCUCAUACAAGAUUUGGCAGUGUGGUGGCAAAUUGCUGUUUGUCCCUUGUUCUCGUGUGGGACACAUCUACCGUCUUGAAGGCUGGCAGGGAAAUCCUCCCCCACUGUACGUGGGGUCUUCCCCAACUCUGAAGAAUUAUGUUAGAGUUGUAGAGGUUUGGUGGGAUGAAUACAAAGACUACUUCUAUGCCAGCCGUCCGGAAUCAAAGGCAUUACCAUACGGAGAUAUAUCUGAGCUGAAAAAGUUCCGAGAAGAUCACAACUGCAAGAGUUUUAAAUGGUUCAUGGAAGAAAUAGCUUAUGAUAUCACCUCACAUUACCCUCUGCCACCCAAAAAUGUGGACUGGGGAGAGAUCAGAGGUUUUGAAACUGCUUACUGCAUUGAUAGUAUGGGGAAAACAAACGGAGGCAUUGUUGAACUGGGCCCCUGCCACAGGAUGGGAGGUAACCAGCUUUUCCGAAUCAAUGAAGCUAAUCAGCUCAUGCAGUACGACCAAUGUUUGACAAAGGGCCCUGAUGGAUCAAAAGUUAUGAUUACACACUGUAAUCUAAAUGAGUUUAAGGAAUGGCAGUACUUUAAGACCCUGCACAAGUUUACGCACAUUCCUUCAGGCAAGUGCUUAGACCGCUCAGAGGUCCUCCAUCAAGUGUUUAUCUCCAAAUGUGACUCCAGUAAAGCAACGCAAACAUGGGAAAUGAACAACAUCCAUACUGUCUAGGAAGAAGAGAGAAAACAAUAACCUACCUACUGACACAUCAAUUUGUACAGGACUGAAACCGCCUGAAACCUGCUGCAACUGUUAUUAAUCCUGUGCAGAUCCACACCCCGAACCUCCUGAUCAGUUUGAAAGACAUUGAUAAACUGUGAUUUUACAAUAACAUUUAUCAUCUGCAGUUACUGUUUACAAAACUGCUUUUACCUUAAACUCUGUAGAUGUUUACAUCUUUUUUGUUCUGUCUUGUCUUAAGAUGAUAUUGGUAAUAUGUGCAUUUAGCUCUGUUUUAUUAAGACAGGGUUGAAAGCACUUGUCUUCUUUGGGAUUACACUCAGGGGUCUGAAAGGCAGUUUGUUUUGUUAUCUUUAAAAAAAAAUUUUUUUUAAUACACUUGAAAAAAGGUUGACAUAACCGAAUUUCAUCUAUUACUUGGUGAUUAUCAACCUGUCGUGUCUUUAUUUAAAUUGACAUCUUUUGAAGCACUGCCACAGGUUAUUAGCCAAGGUGGCCUUCCUUCACAGUCAUGCUGCUUUUUUGAAAGGUGAAUUUCCACACAUUUAGUGCCUCUUUCAUUUCUCGGUGUAUAUUUCAAGAGCCUUUGAUGAAAUCUAUGAGGUUGGUUACAAUGGACUUGUCGCCUGUAUGAGGAAUACUUUUACGACUUGGAAAUGAAUUUAUGUGCUACCAUUUACUCUAAAGUUGAAUGUUAUAUGAUAGCAUGGGCCAUUCGAAGGCUACUGGGUUUGGAGAAUGUGAGGCACUAACGCCCUCACCUCCUGGCAUUACCAAUGUCUCCCAUUGUUACCAAUGCCUCAGAUAGCCAAGGGUUAUUCCAGCAUUGAGAAAAAUUGUCCACUGACAUCUGGGAUUUCUUUUUCCUUAGUACCUGUCAUUUUAGAAAACUACACAUAAUUAUCAGCUUGAUGAAUUAUCAGUUUAAAGAAAACACCAUUGUAAACAUGUCUAAACUUCAUGCUGACCUAGUCAGAAUUUCCAAGCCCUUGUUAUAGCAAGUCUUAGAAAACCCCUGGCAUUUUACCCUAAGCAAUCUUUGAAGCCAAGAGUGAAUUAAUGUUUCAUUUAUAUCUUCAUCCAAAUGAAAUCCCCUGCAUGUUUUUCUUUUUAAAAUAUUUUUCAAGUAAAAAGAUAAGGUUAUCUACAAAUAGUGUUUGUUAACAAUAUGAAUCAUUUUCAGUUAGAUCGGGUGUUAAUUCCUAGUGUAUAAUUUGUCCUUUUUAGGAAGUGUGUUUUUAUUAGUAUUUUUCAGAGAAAAGAACUUAUUUGGACUUAAAAAUUUUGUCAAAACAUACCUACUCAAAGAGAACCAAAUAUUGAACAGUCAGUUAGAUUUAAUGUCUAUAUUGUCUUAUAUUAACCAAAAGAUUUAAAAUACAGAAUUUAUGAAUGUUGGGAGUAGGGGGAAGGUAAGGGGAAAUGGCGAGUAAAUUAAUCAUUUCUUAUCUUGUGAUAAUGAUACUACAAUGAAAUGAAUUCACAAACUACUGCCAGAGGAAAACAUUUUUAAUUAAAACCUGAAAAAAGAAAAGAAGAAAACUACACUUGUUUCAAAGAAUAGUCUACAAAUUUCUUUCGUCUAAGCUUAGUUUCUAAAUACAGAGAGUCAAGCCUAGGGGUAAGCACCCUAAACAACUGAAUUUUAUUUAUAAUUUUUGAAAUGCCAAUUUGUAUUUUGCUACUAAUCUGUGAUCAACCAUUUUAACUUUCAUUCAACUCUCUGGAUAUUUAAAAGGAAUACAUUUAUACACUUAUAGAAUUGCAAAAUAAAUCAACUAUAAAAAAGAAAUUAAGAGAAUUGGUAUGUUGAUUACUUGUGUGUUUGCAAAUACGUGUCAUUGUCCACGUUGAACAGGUCAUUAAACUUGCUAACUAUGCAGAGGCCUAGCUAAAAAAGGUGGCACAUUAACUAUGUGAAUUUUAAAUGGGCAUUUUGUGCAGUUCAUUAAAAGAAAAUCAUCUAUGGAAAGAAACCAGAAAACUUACCAAACACACAAAAAAAUAAGCGGCUGCCAUAAUGACUAUUUUCUACUGUAGGCUGCUUUGAAAAUAAUUCCCAUAUCCUUGCUUUGUAAGUUGAUAAUAUCACUAUGCAUUUCUUACAUUUUAUAAAUUUGAUUUAUGCAGAUUUUGAUACACUGUAUGUUUCUGUAGAAAUUGUAUAAUAUUCAAAUUUUAUUAGGGAUAAAUUUGAGAAGCUUAUGUAUAUCUUAAUUCUGGGUUGCUUGUUUUUUAGGUGAGAAACCAAAUAAAAUAUUGUAUUUUAAUCGAUGGGCUUUUUUCCAUAUUUGUAAUCAUUUCUAAAUCUAAACACUGAGCAUUUAAAGGGAUUUACUUGAUAUUGUUUAUAAGAUUUACUCACGUAGGUAAAAUAUUAUAAAUCAGAGUUUUAGGUUUUGUGUGGUUAUGUGUUUAGUUAGAAUUCUGAUACAUGUGCUCAAAGCUCAUUUAUCUGUGAAAAAGAAAUUUAAUAAACUUAUUUUUACUAA